UUGUUUAUGGAUUUUAGGGUAUCUAUAAUCCUCUGGCUGUCACUUGAAUAAAUGGCUAUUGAUCUGUGGGAAAAGCAAUGACAUUUUAGACUUCUAAGCCUUCUUUUUGGCCAUGAAGAUGAACUUGACAGAGUGCAAUGUAUCCUGUUUGAAAGAGCAAACAGAGUUAUAAGAACAGUAAAACAGAACAGUAAAAGAAGCCAUGAAUUUUCGAUUUCAGAACCUUCUUGGUGCUCCUUACAGAGGUGGAAAUGCUGUCAUUUCCGGUAACAGUCUCCUCAUCUCUCCUGUUGGCAACCGUGUCUCUAUCACCGACCUUAUAAAAUCAGAGACUGUGACUCUGCCAUGCGAGAGCUCCUCCAACAUCUCCCGGAUCGCCGUCUCUCCUGACCGCAACUUUCUCCUAACACUAGACGAAAACAAUAGAUGUCAGUUUAUCAAUCUUCGUCGUCGCGUAGUUCUUCAUCGUAUGUCGUUUAAGAAGCCUGUCUCGGCAAUCAAGUUCAGCCCUGAUGGAGCCUUAAUCGCUAUUGGUGUCGGUAAAUUGCUCCAGAUAUGGAGAUCUCCUGGUUUUCGGAAGGAAUUCUUUCCGUUUCAGUUGAUUCGAACUUUCGCUGAUUGUGAUGCCUCUGUCACGGCCUUAGAUUGGAGCCCGGAUUCUGACUAUGUUCUUGUUGGUUCAAAGGAUUUGACGGUGAGACUUCUCUGCUUGAAAAGAUUGGGUGGGUUUAAGAAGCCAUUUUUGUUUCUAGGGCAUAGGGAUACCAUUGUAGGUGCCUUUUUCUACAUGGACAAGUUGAACAAGGUUUCUAGGGUUUAUACAAUUUCACGUGACUGCUCAGUUUUCAGUUGGACUUAUAGUGGUAGUGAAGGUAGAACUGAUGGUUUGAAUGGGGAAUUUUUAGAUCCUCCUUCUCUGGGCACUCUGGAGCAGAGAGCUCCAGGGGAUGCUAAAGGAGAUAUGGAUGGUUUGGAUAGUGAUAAUGUUAAGAAAAGGAAGGCGUUGGAUGGUAGUGCUGAUAAUUUGAAUGAAGAAUAUGAAUUUCCUCUUCAUGGAGGUAAAUGGGAGUUGUCUAGAAAGGACAAUUGUAUGCAGGCACCAGCAAAAUUGACAGCUUGUGACUAUCACCGUGCUCUUGAUAUUGUUGUAGUGGGGUUCUCGAAUGGUGUCUUUGGGCUCUAUCAGAUGCCUGAUUUCGUCUGCAUCCACUUGCUUUCUAUAUCAAGGGAGAAGAUAUCAACUGCAGUUUUUAAUGAGCUUGGUAACUGGUUAACAUUUGGCUGUGCAAAACUAGGGCAGUUGCUUGUAUGGGAGUGGCGGUCAGAGAGUUAUAUCUUGAAACAACAAGGGCAUUACUUUGAUGUGAACUGUCUGGCGUAUUCAUCUGACUCACAACUCUUGGCUACUGGAGCUGACGAUAAUAAAGUCAAGGUGUGGACAGUUUCAUCAGGUUCUUGUUUUGUGACUUUCUCUGAGCAUACUAAUGCUGUCACUGCACUCCUCUUUAUGGCUGGCAAUCAUUGUUUAUUGAGUGCAUCUCUAGAUGGCACUGUUCGUGCCUGGGACAUGUUCCGUUAUCGGAACUUUAGGACAUUUACUACUCCAUCUCCCAGGCAGUUUGUUUCUUUGGCUUCAGAUCAGAGUGGUGAAGUAAUUUGUGCUGGAACUCUGGAUUCAUUUGAGAUUUUUGUUUGGUCAAUGAAGACUGGCCGCUUGUUGGAUGUUCUUAGUGGUCAUGAAGGGCCUGUCCAUGGUUUGAUGUUUUCUCCUUCAAGUGCAAUCCUAGCUUCAUCGUCGUGGGACAAAAGUGUUCGGUUGUGGGAUGUUUUUGAAGGAAAAGGUGCUGUUGAGACAUUUCCUCACACACAUGAUGUUCUUACAGUGGUUUAUCGCCCAGAUGGAAAGCAGUUAGCAAGCAGCACAUUAGAUGGUCAAAUCCACUUUUGGGAUCCUAUUGAUGGUCUGCUAAUGUUCACAAUUGAGGGCCGAAGGGACAUUGCUGGUGGACGUCUCAUGACUGAUCGAAGAUCUGCAGCAAACUCAAGUUCGGGAAAGUGUUUCACAACCUUAUGUUACUCUGCUGAUGGGAGUUGCAUUUUAGCUGGUGGGAGCAGCAAAUACAUUUGUAUGUAUGAUGUUGUAGAUCAGGUCCUGCUGCGUAGGUUUCGGAUAACCCACAAUCUCUCUUUGGAUGGAGUUUUAGACUAUUUAAACUCCAAGAAGAUGACUGAGGCUGGUCCUUUAGAUUUGAUUGAUGAUGACAAUAGUGAUGUAGAGGAAGGCAUUGAUAAGCAAACCCGAGGGAAGUUGGGCUAUGACUUGCCUGGGUCUAUGCCGAACCGUGGAAGGCCUGUAAUUCGGACAAAAUGCUUGAGGAUAGCACCGACUGGCAGGUUUUGGGCAGCUGCAACAACAGAGGGAGUCUUGGUGUAUUCAAUAGACGAAUCCUUUAUAUUUGAUCCCACUGAUCUUGACAUGGAUGUUACACCUGAGGCAGUUGAUGAUGCUCUUGAUGACGAUCAACCUCAGAGGGCACUAUUGCUCAGCCUCCGUCUGAAUGAAGACACUCUAAUAAAAAAAUGCAUUGUUUCUGUAAAGCCAGUGGAUAUAAAAGCAGUUGCUUUAUCGAUCCCUUUCAAAUAUUUGCAGAGGCUAAUUGAGGCAUUUGCAGAUCUUCUAGAAAGCUGUCCACAUUUGGAGUUCAUUCUUAGAUGGUGUGAGGAGCUCUGCACAGUUCAUGGUCACUCUAUUCAACAGAAUUCCAGAAGUUUGACUCCGGCUUUAAGGUCAUUGCAGAAGUCCAUUACAAGAUUGCAUCAGGAUCUGGCGGAUACUUGCUCCUCCAAUCAGUAUUUGCUUCAAUAUUUAUGCUCAAUGCGCAGCAAAAAUUGAAACAAUCCUGUAAAAAUUUUGUAGAAAUUUAGCGGCAUAACUGAACUGUAUACCAGUGGAGGGUGUUUGAGGCCUGUAAA